AUGUCAUCGAAGCCAACAGAAAUAUCAUCCAAGAAGCCAGUUGGAGUGUUUAGGCAAAUUGUUGAAGUACCGUCAAAGAAACAUCGUGAUCCGCGUUUCGAUAGUCUCUCUGGAAAAUUCAACGAAGAUUUAUUUGAGAAAACAUAUAGUUUCAUAAACGAAUAUAAAGAAAUAGAGAUAAAGGAACUACAAGAACUAUUAAGGAAAGAGAGAGAUCCGGAAGAAAUUGAGAAACUAAGCAGACUAUUAGACAAAAUGCGUGAGAAAGAAAAAUGUGAUCAAGAGGGAGAAGAAGGGUUUGCAUGUGAUACGUCACAGUCAACGCUGAAUAUGACGAUACAUAUAAGAUCGUUUGUUGUAGCGAUGCAAUCAAGAGCAACAACAGAGAAUAAUUUACGACGAAAGAAUCAACUCAAGCGCGAACACAAGAAGGCAGAACUACAGCGUGUGGCUCAGGGCAAAAAGCCUUUUUAUCUUAAAAGAUCAGAGGAGAAGAAACUUGAACUGGUUGAAACCUAUAACAAGCUAAAGAAUAAUCCGAAAAAAUUAGAAAAGGUCAUUGAGAAGAGGAGAAAGAAGAAUGCUGCAAAGGAGCAUAAACGAAUUCCUUUCAAACGACAAAAGACUGCAGAGUAA